AUGCUGGGACUGAACCACACCCCCGUGUCCGAGUUCAUCCUCAUCGGCUUCUCCGCCUUCCCGCCUCACCUCCUGCCCAUCUUCUUCCUGCUCUUCCUGCUCAUGUACCUGUUCACCCUGCUGGGCAACCUGCUGAUCAUGGCCACCGUGUGGAGCGAGCGUGGCCUGCACACUCCCAUGUACCUCUUCCUGUGCGCCCUGUCCAUCUCUGAGGUGCUGUACACGGUCGCCUUCAUCCCCCGAAUGCUGGUCGACCUGUUGUCCGCUCAACGUCGCAUCUCAUUUCAAGCCUGCGCCACCCAGAUGUUCUUCUCCUUCACCUUUGGCUUCACGCACUCCUUCCUGCUCACGGUCAUGGGCUACGACCGCUACGUGGCCAUCUGCCACCCACUGCGCUACCCUGUGCUCAUGGGCGCCCGGGGAUGUGUCCGCCUGGUGGCCUGGUCCUGGGUGGGUGGCAUUAUCAUAGGGCUGGUGGUGACGGCCACCAUCUUCAACCUCACUUUCUGUGGCCCUAACCAGAUCCAACAUUUCUUGUGUCAUGUGCCACCUCUCCUGAAGCUGGCCUGUGGGCACAAUGUGCCCGUGAUGGCGCUGGGGGUGGGCACGGUGUGCAUCACUGCCCUGCUGGGCUGCUUCGUCCUCAUCCUCCUCUCCUAUGCCUUCAUCAUUGCUGCCAUCUUGAAGAUCCCCUCCGCUGAGGGGAGACACAAGGCCUUCUCCACCUGCGCCUCCCACCUCAUGGUGGUGGUGGUGCACUACGGCUUCGCCUCGGUCAUCUACCUGAAACCUAAGGACACAGACUCUCAGAAAAGCAGCGCCCUCAUGAGUGUCACCUACACUGUGCUCACACCGUUCCUCAGUCCUAUCAUCUUCAGCCUCCGGAAUAAGGAGCUCAAGGCGGCCAUGAAGAAAGCCUUCCUCAGCAGGCUGUAUCCCUCCCACACCUGA